GUUGUGUCCUUUCUUAUCUAAUAGGUCAUACAUACAAUAAAUUUGGUGUCAGUGUACUACGAGUUAAAUUUAUAGUCCAAUUCUAUACCAUAUAGUAUACAACUAGAGGACAGCUUAAGAAUAAUAAAUACCGUCGCGUCACAUUUGUGUACAUUUGGACUUAUUUAUACGAUAUAAUACAAACCCGAUUUUAACUGCAUACUUACUUAAUAAAGCAAGCAUCAAUGGAUCAGCUAUAGGUUUGCAUUUCGAAUUCUGUAGCUAAAAAUUUAUAGAUAAAACUUCAGGAGAAAUUAAAAUAAAUUGUCAAUAUUUUUUUAUAACUUUUGCAUUUUUAACUAGUGCGGAAUUAGUGCCCGAUAAGAUUUAAGGUCAAACUUGAAUAUUGUUUUUUUUUCACAGUGAAGUCAAUUUCAGAUUAGUUAGAAUAAAUCAUUAACUGGCCAACAUGGAAGCGGAAAGUUUUGCUAUAUGCGGAAAUUUCAUCCAUUCUACGGAACAAGCGGUCGUGGAAACCCUGGAGAACAAGUGUCUUGGGGUAAAGCAAGGAAAGAUUGUUUUCCUCGACGAUGUUGAACGUCUUCAAGAGAGAUUGUCAGAAUUUGGAAUAAAAGAAAACAAUGUUAUUAAACUGGAACACAAAGAGUUCGUGAUGCCGGGCUUUAUAGACACCCAUAUCCAUGCCCCUCAAUAUCCGAAUGCCGGCAAGGGUCUAGAUAUGGGACUUUUGGAGUGGCUUACAACUUACACCUUUCCGACGGAAGUGAAAUUCAAAGAUCUUGAUUUUGCUGCGCACGCAUAUAAGAGAGUCGUGAGUCGCGUGCUACGGAAUGGGACAACAACCGCUUGUUACUACGCAACGAUUGACACCGACGCUACUGUGUUGCUAUGUGAUAUAAUAAAUGAACUUGGACAGAGGGCGCUGGUAGGAAAAGUAAAUAUGAAUCAAAAUUCACCAGAUUAUUAUGUCGAAGGGUCGGUAGAUGAGUCUGUAUCAGAGACGAGAAGGUAUAUCGAAACAAUACAAAAGAAAGCGUAUGACAAUAUAACUCCGGUGAUAACUCCGCGGUUCGCAGUAUCAUGUUGUGAGAGCUUAAUGAAAAAACUCGGUGACCUUGCUGCGGAGUACAACAUUCCUGUUCAGACACAUAUUUGCGAAACAAAACCGGAAGUUGAAUAUGUGGCACAGCUGUACCCCGACUCCAAAAAUUAUGCGACUGUUUACGACAAGGCUGGUCUGUUAACUGAUAAGGUAAACAAAAAUAUAUGUCGUGGGAUUAGAGCUGUCAUUAAUAGAGACGAUAUCGAUGUAUCGUUGAUAUUUUUCUGCAGAUCAAUAACCGACACAACAUAUUUUUUAAGAAGUGGUCUUUUGGAUGUACAGAAUCUACUCAAGCACGGCAUACAAGUAGGACUUGGAACCGAUGUAUCCGGAGGUUAUCAUCCAUCCAUUAUUGACGCCAUUCGGGUAGCGGUGCAUGUGUCAAAUGCACACGCUAUAACAAGUACAAAUGGCUAUACGCCACUAUCUAUGAGAGACGCAUUUAAGUUAGCGACAUUGGGCGGUGCUCAAGCUCUAUCGAUUGACAAUAAAGUCGGAAAUUUUGAAGUAGGAAAGGAGUUUGAUGCAUUGAUCAUAAAUUUAGACAUAGAGAACACACAUGUUGAUGUUUUUGAAGAAGACACCCUUGAUGAUUGUCUGGACAAAUUUUUAUAUACAGGUACUAAAUGGUUACACUUUCCCUCUGUUUUUAAAUAA